CGGGCGGGUGUGUUUCGGUUGCUAGGAUGCUAAGUUGCGGUAGCCCUCCCCUUUUUCCUCCGCCUCUCAACGGGAAGCGGGCCAGCUAGAAGAGAAGGCCUCGUUCUUCUUUGGCCAAUAGAGGAGAAGGGGCGGGGCCCUGUUCACCUAGACCAAUGGGCGCGCAGUGCCUUGUGCGGACUGGCCAAUGGACUUCCAGAAACCCCUGCAAAGUCGCCCGGGAGACCCCCCGUCUUCUUUUGGCUCUGCCCCUUCGCCUCCCCUCCCCGCCCCACUCCCUUCCCUUCCCUUCCCUUCCCUCAGCUCGGCUCGGCUGCCGAAGCCUGACGGGAGCGGGACGGAGCUAAGAUGGCGGCGGCCGACGGCGACGACUCGCUCUACCCUAUCGCAGUGCUCAUCGACGAGCUCCGUAACGAGGAUGUCCAGCUCCGGCUCAACAGUAUCAAGAAGCUGUCCACCAUUGCUCUGGCCCUUGGUGUGGAGAGGACUCGGAGUGAACUCCUUCCAUUCCUUACAGACACUAUCUAUGAUGAAGAUGAAGUGCUCCUGGCAUUGGCUGAGCAGCUGGGGACUUUCACCACCUUGGUGGGUGGGCCCGAGUAUGUCCACUGCCUGCUGCCCCCGCUGGAGUCCCUGGCCACGGUAGAGGAGACAGUUGUUCGGGACAAGGCUGUGGAUUCCCUCCGGAUUAUCUCCCACGAGCACUCGCCCUCGGAUCUGGAGGCCCACUUCGUGCCCCUGGUGAAGCGGCUGGCGGGCGGCGACUGGUUCACUUCCCGCACCUCAGCUUGUGGGCUCUUCUCCGUCUGCUAUCCCCGGGUCUCCAGUGCUGUCAAGGCAGAGCUGCGGCAGUACUUCCGGAACUUGUGCUCUGAUGACACCCCUAUGGUCCGACGAGCUGCGGCCUCCAAGCUGGGAGAGUUUGCCAAGGUUCUUGAGCUGGACAAUGUCAAAAGUGAAAUCAUCCCCAUGUUCUCCAACCUGGCCUCUGACGAGCAGGACUCGGUGCGGCUAUUGGCAGUGGAGGCCUGUGUCAAUAUUGCCCAGCUGCUGCCCCAAGAGGAUCUGGAGGCUUUGGUUAUGCCCACUCUUCGCCAAGCAGCUGAAGACAAGUCCUGGCGGGUUCGCUACAUGGUGGCUGACAAGUUCACAGAGCUCCAGAAGGCAGUUGGCCCAGAGAUUACCAAGACAGAUUUGGUUCCCGCCUUUCAGAACCUCAUGAAAGAUUGUGAGGCCGAGGUGAGGGCAGCAGCCUCUCACAAAGUCAAAGAGUUCUGUGAGAACCUUUCUUCAGACUGCCGAGAGAAUGUGAUCAUGACUCAGAUCUUGCCGUGUAUCAAGGAGCUGGUGUCGGAUGCCAACCAGCAUGUGAAGUCAGCCCUGGCCUCAGUCAUUAUGGGUCUUUCGCCCAUUCUAGGCAAAGACAACACCAUUGAGCACCUCCUUCCCCUCUUCCUGGCCCAGCUGAAGGAUGAGUGCCCUGAGGUACGGCUCAACAUUAUCUCCAACCUGGACUGUGUGAAUGAAGUCAUUGGAAUCCGGCAGCUGUCCCAGUCCCUGCUCCCCGCCAUAGUAGAGCUGGCAGAGGAUGCUAAAUGGCGGGUCCGGCUGGCCAUCAUUGAGUAUAUGCCUCUGCUGGCUGGACAGCUGGGGGUGGAGUUCUUUGAUGAGAAACUCAACUCCUUGUGCAUGGCCUGGCUAGUGGAUCACGUAUAUGCCAUCCGUGAGGCAGCCACCAGCAAUCUCAAGAAGCUGGUGGAGAAGUUUGGGAAGGACUGGGCCCAUGUCACUAUCAUCCCCAAGGUCCUGGCCAUGUCUGGAGACCCCAACUAUCUACAUCGGAUGACCACGCUCUUCUGUAUCAAUGUGUUAUCUGAAGUCUGUGGGCAAGACAUCACCACCAAACACAUGCUACCCACAGUCUUGCGCAUGGCAGGCGACCCUGUGGCUAAUGUCCGCUUUAAUGUGGCCAAGUCCCUGCAGAAGAUUGGGCCUAUCCUGGACAACAGCACGCUCCAGAGUGAGGUGAAGCCCAUCUUGGAGAAGCUGACCCAGGACCAAGAUGUUGAUGUCAAGUACUUUGCUCAGGAGGCACUCAGUGGAUCAGAGACUUGGAGCUAGAAGGAACUUGAGUGGCCAUUGAGUCUAACCCCUUCAUAUUACAGAUGAAGAAAUUGAAGCCGGGAGAGAUUAAAUGACUUGCCCAUGGGUAAGUUUCUGAGGCAGGAGUUGAACUUGGGUUCUCUGAGUAGGAGCCAGAUCUCUUUCUGCCCUGCCCAUUUGACAUCUAUGUAUACCAUUGGUAUUGGUCCUUUGAAAAAUCUUUUUCUUCUGUUAUUACAAUGAAAAAAAGCUUUUUUUAUUUGGUUUUAAUUUGGUGUUCCUCAACACAUUCCCAACUCAUUCUAAUCUUUGGCAUUUAACAUCCUAAUCUUUAAAAAGCGGCUCAUUUUUGUAUUCAUCUACUAUGGAAGAAUUGCAGAAUUCCAGUGUUAGACAAGCCCCGGCCACACACCUUACCAGUGGUCAUCCAACCUCCCCUAAAAACCUGCCAUUGAGGGGCAAAUCCUACUAGCAGAAGUAUGUCAUUCCAUUUUUAUAGUGCUGUGAUAAUUCAGAGGUAUCUCCAUAUGUGACACAUGCUGAUAUUUCCAUUUCUACCUUACUUAAGCUUAUUAGGAGGUAGCACCAUCACUCACUGGUUAAUUGUCCUUCAAGGAACUGAUUCAGGAGAAAGAAAUACUUGAGUGUGCCACCAGAUGUCGCUGCAGUGGAGGUACCGGCCCUGUGUUCUUUAGUCUCUAGCUAGCAUAUCUGUGAAGAUACAGACCCUUUAUGAAGGCUGCAGUGCCUUCACUGGCUACCCACAUAGGCACCACUUUUCCAGCAUCCCUCCCACAUUGCUCCUGUGGCUGUGUUCUAAGUCUGAGCCUCUGGUACUCUUGUGUUCGAGUGAGUCCCUAUUCACUUCACAGUCCCGGCAGAGGUGUGUCACCCUCCCCUCCCACUCCCCUUCCCUGCCUUCUGUUGGGAAGGCCGGAGAAACAGGACCGGAAGGAAAGGGAAGCAGUACUCAGCGUGCAGCAGAGGCCAAUGUUUGUGGUGGGGAACCUGAUGAUUUCAUGGUGGGUUUGUUCAUUUCUGGGCCCCAAAGGCAUACCGGGAGCAACCUUGUACAAGACGAAGCCAGGGCGUCUAAAGGCAGGUUUAGGAGACAGAGAUGCUUAACUGGGGAUUAAAGGAAGGCAACUUCCUAAAAAAGAUUUAGGGUGGCAGCCAGACAGCUUGUGUGCUUUGCACUUGGGAUCUAACCUGUCAUCACUUUCUGUCCUUGAUCACUCAAUGUGUUUAUCAUCUACUGAGAGACACAGAACAUGGAAUGCCAGAGGUUGGGGGUCCUGAACAACACAGGACUCAUCCUUCUGUGUUCAGCACCAGAAGGAGAUUCGAACUCAGAUUUUCAGAGGCAGGAAUGACUCAGAAAACACAGAAUGCCAGACCUGGGAGAGACCAAACAGAGAAUGCCAGAAGUGGGAAGGUUCACAAAACAAAAUGUCAGAAGUAGGACAUGGAAGGAAGGAAUCAAGCACUUAUUAAGUGCCUACUAUGUGCCAGGCACUGUACCAAGCACUUCAGAAAUAUUGUCUCAUUUGAUCUUCACAACAACCCUAAGCGGUAGUUGCUAUGAUUACUCCCCUUUUACAGUUGAGUAAACUGAGUCCUAGACAGUGGUUAAGUGACUUAUCCAUGGUCCCUAAACUGACAAGUAUCUGAGGUGGGAUUUUAACUCAGUUCUUCCUGACUCUGGGUCCUGUGCUUUAUCUGCUGUGCUCCCAAGCUGCCUAUAAUGGAAUGCCAGAGCUGGGAAGGACCUUGGAACAAAGAAUGUUCUAAGCUUAUAGGGCUUUCAGAAGAUGGAUCAGAGACCUGAAGGCAGAAAGUGAAAGUGCCUGAACAGAUGGGGCCCUUGAUGUCCUCUGGGUUUCAGCUUCAUCAAUAGAAGGGACUGUGCUUUGAGUGUUCCUUUUGGGGCAGAAUCCUCACUCAGUUGUUUAAUACUGGGCAAGUCACUAAAUCCUGUGCCUCAGUUUCCUCAACUGUGAAAUAAACCUGGGAAGGAAAUGGCAAACCAUUCUAUUUUCUUUUCCAAGAAAACCCUAAAUGGGGUCAUAAAGAAUCUGAUUCAAUUGAAAUGAUUGCACAACAACCACCUUAUUCAGAGUCCACUCCAAAGGAGCUGGCAGGGAACUGUUGUAAGGGGUUUUAAACCCUUAUUAAUUAUUGAUAUCGGUAUGGGUAUUACCAAUACCUGUGUCUUGAGUGUACAGACUGUUGUAUUUGACUGUUGAGAAACAUGGCUUCUCAAGGCAGUCUAAAAGAAUUCCAGCCCAGGCCAAUUAACAGGAAGGUAAAGUAAAAGGAAGACAAGUAGAAAAGUAUUUCUUAUGUUUAUUUAAGGUCCCCAUUCUAAUAAACUUCUUUCUAUAACCACCCAAACCAAUCUGGUCUGCGAGGACCUGCUUCAUCCUUGACAAAGUUGAGGCCAUCCUCUCUUCCCAAUUAUCUAAAACCCCAAAUCCUUAGCUAUCUAUCCUAAUAUAAAACAUAAGCUUAUAAACAGAGAAGAUUAAGUCAGGGUUAUCUUUUUUGCUGCUCAGAAUUUAUUUCCAGCUGGUCAGAAAUUCCAUUGUCUUCUCCACUCAAAUAGGUCAAACUUUGCUGCCACCUACUGGGGCAAGCACAGGUACUGCACCCAACAAUCUCCUCUGACCUGUUAAGAUGGUUUUUCAGGAUGUGAAUUCACCAAGAUUUUCCAAACUUGCAGAGCCACUCUUUGGACAACCUUCCUUGAACCAGGUCAGCCCCAAAGAGAGUUGUUGGCUCAACUGUCUUUCCCAAAGCUCCUUGGGAAAAUUCUCUCACAUCAAUCAUCUUAUGAGAUUCCAUUCAGAUUUAAAGAAACCCCAACUCAUUCAUCUCUCUUAUGUACCUAUCAAUAAAUUUUGCUUAUUAACCCUA